GUUCUUUGUAGAAAAACAAACGUUAAUUAACUAGUUAACAGUCAAAUUUAGUCAAGCGCGAAAAAAAUAAAAAUGAAAUUUUUAGCUGUUGGUACAUUCUUAGUCCUUUGUGGUUUGGCUAAAGCAGCUCCUUCCUAUCUACAUCAUCACGAUAAAGGACAUGCCACCAGUUAUGCUGUCAUUACGAAACAUGAAAUAGAACCACAUCAUGGAUGGCAUGCCAAUGAAUGGGCUCCCCAUGGUAUUGAACAUAAGAGUUAUGAUAUUGUAGGUGCUGAUCAUUAUGAUCAUGGAGAUUGGCAUCAUCAUGAUUAUAAUGACAAACAUGCCAAAUAUGAGUUUGAUUAUGGUGUCAAGGAUUUGAAAACAGGAGAUAUUAAAAAUCAAUGGGAACAGCGUGAUGGUGAUCAUGUUAAGGGCAGAUACUCCUUAAAAGAAUCCGAUGGUACUACACGCAUUGUUGAAUACACUGCCGAUGGUCAUAAUGGUUUCAAUGCUGUGGUUAAGAAAAUUGGUCAUGCCCAUCAUCCUGAGGUUUAUGCUAAACCUAUUCUUCAUCAUGGUGGUUGGGAAGGUGAUUACGGUCAUUCUCUCGCUUACGAUCAUGGUCAUGGCCAUGGUCAUGCCACUAGCUAUGCUAAAGUUUGGCAACAUUAAGUGGCGUUUUACGUUUUAGUCCAAAAAAAAAUCUGAAAAAAACUUUGUGAUUUUAAUGAUAAGACACUUUUGAUGAAACCUCUAAAAAUUUUGUAAAUAAAUUUUAUAUUUUAAGCAGCAUGAAUAAAAACGAAAAGUUUAAAUAAAAAAA